UGUCGCGAUACAAACUAGCUACACACAGGCAUUAAAGCCACGAAAAGAUGCCCCUUCACCGGAUUAAAACAAUGAAAAAAACAUCUAGAAGUCUGGAAAAACUUUGCCCAACAGUACCCAAACUUUGGUAGACUACAGCCAAAACCACUUCCUUACAGUUUCGAGUGUGUUAGCAUUAUUUUAUCUCACCACUAUUGCAAUUGGACGCCUUUUCUCCCCCCUUCUGGACCAGUCCAGUCUGAUGAAUUCACCGAAAAAAGACGGAGAUGAUGAUGUGCCCGUUAAAGACCCGGUAAAAUACGGCGAAUUGGUCAUUUUGGGCUACAAUGGCUCCCUUCCAAACGGAGACCGUGGGCGCAGAAAGAGCCGCUUCGCUCUGUACCGAAGGGCCAAGGCCAACGGUGUCAAGCCCAGUGCUGUGCACAUCCUCAACACACCACAGGACAGCAAGGCGGUGCACAGCAGGGGGCAGCACAGCAUCUCUUUCACACUGUCCCGUAACCAGACCGUGGUGGUGGAGUACUGCCAUGACAACAACACAGACAUGUUCCAGAUUGGACGCUCCACAGAAAGUCCCAUUGACUUUGUGGUGACAGACACCUCUGGUGGAGGAAAGGAGGGCGAAGAUCCUUCCAUUGCUCCCAGCACCAUCUCCCGUUUUGCCUGCAGAAUAGUGUGUGAGCGCAACCCGCCUUACACUGCACGCAUCUAUGCUGCAGGCUUUGACUCCUCUAAAAAUAUCUUCUUAGGGGAGAAAGCAACCAAAUGGAAAAAUCCUGAUGGGCACAUGGAUGGCCUCACCACUAAUGGGGUGCUAGUGAUGCACCCACGUGGUUUCCCAGAGGACCCCAAGCAAGGUCUGUGGAGGGAGAUCUCUGUCUGUGGAGAUGUUUAUGCCCUGCGGGAGACACGGUCUGGACCCAGCAGGGGGAAGCUGGCGGAGGGGGAGAGCAGCGCACUACGUGACGGGUCCCUCGUCGAUCUCUGUGGUGCCACCCUACUGUGGCGCACAGGUGAGGGGCUCAUGCGUUCUCCCACUCUGCGUCACCUGGAGGCACUUCGUCAGGAGCUUAAUGCGUCCCGGCCCCAGUGUCCCGUGGGCCUCAGCACAUUGGCCUUCCCCAGCCUACCACGCAGUCACAGCCUUGAAGAGCGUCAGCCCUGGGUCUACCUCGCCUGCGGCCAUGUCCAUGGACGCCAUGAUUGGGGCCAGAGAUCGGAGGGAGAGGAGGAACCGAGAGAGGGUGAAAGCUCCACCGCCCGUCGAGAAUGUCCCCUGUGCAGGAGCGUGGGUCCCUACGUGCCGCUGUGGCUGGGUUCUGAGCCUGCGGUGUACGUGGAUGCCGGAGCUCCCACUCAUGCUUUUGUGCCGUGUGGCCACGUCUGCUCAGAGAGGACAGCCAGGUACUGGGCUGAGACACCUCUGCCCCAUGGGACGCACGCCUUCAGGCCCGUCUGCCCCUUCUGCUCCACUGCCCUCAGCUCCCCCGGCUGGACACGGCUCAUCUUCCAGGGCCCCAUCGACUAAUCGCCACUCAGUCGCCACAGCAACUAUCACAUUAACAGGAAGCUACCUGAGCUGCGUUCAUGUCGCAAAUGUUGAUAAGCACGUGUGUUCUUUACUCACAUUAUGAGUGUGUAGUAACACUCUAUGUUACUGAAUGUAGCUCAGUGCUGACGAAUCCUUCCCUUUGUUUAUCCUUCAGUGCUUGCUGAUUGGUAUAAGAUCAAGAGAAUAAGUGGAAAAAUGUGACAGAAUUAUCAGUUUCCUCUAAAUUUUAAACAGUUUCCAGCCAAGUAGAGUGGCAGUUGAUUUCAGUCAUUACCCGUACUUCAGUGAGACAAAGCUCUCAGAAGUGAUGCUGCAUGUACACAGCUUAAACUACGAUGCUGCAUUUUUACUAUAUUAUGAAAUGACACAGUCACAUAAAUAUCAUCAGGCUUAAACACUUGCAUUAUAUAAAAUGCAAGUAACCUUUGCACUUAUGAACAGAAUGGCCAUCUUUCUCAGUAUGUUCUUUACUUGAUGGAAAAUGAUGCUUUGCACCCUUUGACCUGAAGUCUGACUACUUCUGCUGCUGUGGAAUAUAUAUUUUUUUAUAUUAUUUUAUUGGUUGUGGCAGCACUUUCAUCACAAAACAACUUAACGCUUCUAGCCUCAAUUUCUGCGAAAAACACUUUCACCUUAUUUGACAUCAACUUUAUAGAUUUUUAUUCUGAAAUACUGGUUUUCCUUCCUGAAAUAGAAACUGUUGUAUCAUUCUAGAUGUAUUCUCAGUGGGUUUUGUAAGCUACAUAUUGUAAAUGUAUGAGAUUACAGUGUGGGAUCAAGAGGCUUGUGCUUCCAUGCAGCAUUUCAAAUUCUUCCUGAUCCAUGAAGGAAAAUUUCACAACCAUGUUUUAAAUCAGGAUAUUUGGAGUAUAUGGGGUUAGAAUCGUUUUCCUUUACAUAUCACUGUAGUGUAAAAUCUAUGCACAGACUGCCCAUAAAUGAGAGAGACCUUGUGUUGUAUUUGGUUGGACAGAAAGCUGCAGAUUCUUUGAUUAGCUCUGAAGCACCAGAGGGAACAGUGCAUACAGCAGAUCUUUUCCUGAUUAUGAAGCAGAAUGAGGAUAAACAAAGGCUGGGAAUGAAACCGGGUAUAAACUCCACUUCACAACUCUGAAGCAAUAAGCACUCCCAUAGAUAAGCUAGAUGUUAUGCUAUGUUUAGCCAAGUGUUAGGUCAGCAGUCCAAUUCUAAUGUGGCUGAAAUGGUUUCCAGGUUAAGGGCUCGACCAGAGGCGUGUUCAAUCCCAUGAUUUAUUUCCAAAUUGGGGGGGGGGUCAUAGACCAGGGGCUUAUUCCAGGAAGCAUGUUCAACAAACUCUGAGUUUAAAAACAAACUCUGAGUUGAUCAACUCUGAGAUCGGCAACUGUGAGUUUCCCGUUCCAGAACAGCUGAUCAGAGUUAGUUCCAUCAACUCUGAAUAUGUUCACCCUGAGUUAGCGCGUGCGUGAGUAAGGAAAGAAAGCCAUCGUCAAUGGAGCUCUGGUACCAGGAGUCACCAUGGCAACGGGUAAAUAAAGAGCGGAGCCUCCCUUUUAAUCCGAUGGAUGGAGGAUCACACGUGUCAGUGUGGAACAUGACGAGUCACUUUAAUCAGCCUGA